CCGCUAUGAAGCAACAGCCGGAUGAUCUUCGGGCCCCAAAGGAGAGCCUCCAGAACAUAACACGGCCUCUUGGAAGUGAACGGACUAGCCCUUCUCCUGCAUCAGCAGGGGACACUGGAUGUUGCCGGAGUGACCAGUCUCCCACUCCCCCCACGCCAGCCGCCAUCCCUCCUCCUUCUGUGGCCGUUCCUGUGGCAGCGACGACACCCACCCAGAACGGGCAUGUGGGCCCUGAGAGUGCAGCGGUGUCCCCAGCUGAACCAAGGCCCCCCCCUCAAGCCGACCAGGGUGGCUCCCAGCCUGCCCCAGCGCUUCCUGCUGAGGAGACCCUGCCCCCCAAAAGGGAUCGUCUCCCACCGGUAGGUGCGAAGGCCUCACCCGCCACAGAAGAAACAAACCUUCCAGGAACUCCUCGAACGCCAUCAAAGAACGAACAGCCUUCCUCUGGUACGGGACCUUCCAGCCCCCGGACCAAACAAGAUACCCAGAAGGCUCAAGCCCGGCACAAGUUGGCCCGGGAGCGGCGGGAAGAGAGGGCCAAGCAUCUGGCUGCCAAGCGAGCCGUGUGGCUGGAGAAGGAAGAGAAGGCGCGACUCCUGCGCGAAAAGCAACUGGAAGAAAGGCGACACCGGCUCGAAGAGCAGCGGGUCCGAGCCGAGAAACGGCGCGCUGCCCUGGAGGAGCGCCAAAGGCAGAAGCUGGAGAAGAACAAGGAGCGCUAUGAAGCUGCCAUCCAACGCGCGACAAAGAAAACGUGGGCGGAAAUCCGGCAGCAGCGGUGGUCCUGGGCUGGUGCGCUGCACCACGGCUCCCCUUCCCACAAAGAUGGUACAAGCAGGUGCUCCCUCUCUGCCGUAAAUCUCCCCAAACACGUGGACUCUAUAAUCAACAAGCGCCUCUCCAAAUCUUCUGCCACCCUCUGGAACUCACCCAGUAGAAACCGCAGCCUCCAGCUGAGCCCCUGGGAGAGCAGCAUCGUUGACCGGCUCAUGACACCCACGCUGUCCUUCUUGGCUCGCAGUCGGAGCGCCGUGACACUUGCCGGCAACGGCAAAGAUCAGGUGCCUGUGUGCCCCCGCUCAGCUUCCGCCACCCCCAUCAGCCCCUGUAACAACCAGCGCCCGCACCACCGCUGCUCGGAGCGACGGCGGCCGGCAACCAGCAGCCCAGACGUGACGCCCCGGCGCAAGGCCGACGCCUCCCCCAAAAAGAAAGAGAAGAAAGACAAGGAGCGGGAGAAUGCCCAAGAGAAGAGUGCCCUUGCCCUACGCAAACGCCAGUCUAUGCCCGCUGGGCAGGCUCGCCAGCUGCGCACACCUGAGAGCAGCCCGGGCCCCAGGCCGAGACCCGCCUCUCCAGCAAUUGCCAAGCAGCGCCCAGCCUCGCCUAGCACAGGCCCCAGUUCUCCGCACCGGCCAGGCCUGACCCGCAGCGCCCACUCUUCGCCCAAGGUGCGACCCCGCAAGGAGCACAACAGGCAGCCGAAGGUCCCAAAGGGUGAAGAGAAGGAACGAAGAGUAUCCUCUCCUGCUCCAAGUGAGACCCCCAAGGCCACAGCCGGCAGCGAAGUGGCACCAGAUACCGCUAGCCCCUCUGGAACGGCCAGUCCCGUCCCUGCUGCUCCUGUCACCACGCCAGGCAAACCCAUGGCAGGCACCACGGACCGAGAAGAGGCCGCCCGGCUCCUUGCUGAGAAACGGCGCCAAGCACGGGAGCAGCGGGAACGAGAGGAACAAGAACGCCGGGAGCAGGAUGAGCGGGAACGGCGGCUGGCGGAGGAACAGGCCCAGCAAGAAGCCAAGGAACGGCUCCAGCAGCAGGCAGAGCUAGCCCGGCUAGAGGAGGAGCGGCGGCGGGAAGAGGAGGAGCGUGCCCGGCAAGAGGAGCGCGAAGCCCAGGAGCGGGCCCGAGCGGAGCAGGAAGAGCAAGAGCGGAUGCAGAAACAGAGAGAGGAAGCCGAAGCCCGAGCACGGGAGGAGGCAGAGCGCCAGCGGGUGGAGCGCGAGAAGCAUUUCCAGCGGGAGGAGCAAGAGAGGCUCGAGCGGAAGAAGCGGUUGGAGGAGAUCAUGAAGAGGACGCGGAAAGCAGACGGAGCUGAUGCCAAGAAGAAGGAAGAUAAGAAACUGGUGAAUGGGAAGGAAGGGAAACAAGAGGCCGAACUCAGUAUAGAUGGUGAAAAGCGGCCCGGAAGCCUCCCCAAGGAAGAAGAGCUGCCAGAAAUGCAGGCCUUAAGCCCAGCUACUCGCAAAGUGCCGCCUCCUGAGGGAACACUGCACAGCUCCCCCGUGACCCCUGCUCUCUCCCUGGUGAACGGCCUGCAGACCAGCAAGCACGAGAACGGGUUUUCUUCCACCAAGGAGCCCGGCAGCCGGGAGCACUCCGCAAGCCCCGGGCUGAGCAUGGCUGGAGAGACCAUCCUGCCUUUUGCCAACAAGGGCAAGGAGCCCUUCCUCGCCAAGGCCCCACAAGUCACAGAGGUUCUGUAAGCAACGAUGCCCCCUCUCCCUCCCCCAAAAGGACGGGUGCAACCAUGUGCCAACUGCAGGCUUACAUCCAACCAGAAGAUCAGCCAGCAGCUUCCCCAC